AUGUUGGAGUUUGAAGUCUCCUCUACCGAAGUUACCGAUGGCUCCUGGUAUAUGCGAAACCGACAAUCCUUUGAGAAUGAGGACCUUGACAUGUUGCACGACGUGGAGGUUUUGGGCCGUUCACUGGUGGAAGCCCUGGAGCCCAAACUCAAGCAGAGCGGACUCGGCUGGAAGAAUGUGAUUUUGUGUGGCUUCGGCAAGGGUGCUGGUGUGGCCCUGUAUGCUGCCCUCAUGAAGCUGAUCCCACAGCCGGUGUCUGCAAUGAUCUUCUUCAGCCCAGUGGUAGCCUUCCCUGGGUACUUGGCAGAACGCCUGGGCAGCAUGGCUCGUGAUCCCAAGCCUGUCAAGACCUUUAUCGUUUGGGGUGGUCGCAACAAGUCCACCCCAGGCUCCUACCGCCAGCUCUUGGCACAAGCUCUUCGCAAGGCACCAGAGGUGCACCUGACGCCUGACACUUUACCAGAGGGAGAUCACACCUUUGACGUGAAGAGCUUUGGGGUGCUUAGCUCAUUAUUGCCGCUUUGCUUGCCCCGCUGA